CCCCAAUCGAGCUCUAGCCUUGUUCACAAAAAUGACAUUGCUCAUCCACCGACAGAAAGUCAGUAUGCUGAUCAUCCGUCGAGCUUUGCUUACGACCGAAAUCGCACAUCCCUUAACAGACUGACGUUAGUUUCUUCAUCCUUCUUCGACUUCGGGCCAUGCUGACCGAAGAUGGCACACAUUGGCAGGAUGUGAGUGUAUGGAUCCUCAGCAGGAGUGGGCGAUAUUCAACUUUCCAUCGUGGUUCGACCAGCUUGAAAACCAUCACGCUGUAGAGAUACAGUCUAGGUUACUCUCUGUGAUCUCUAGCUCAUCACCCUUGGAGAACAUUGUUCAACUGGGUUCUGCCGCUGUCAUUAUCUUCGAAAACUCUUUCUACGUUUUCGACAAGCGACACCAUCUUCAGGGCGAGGAAGAGUCUGUUCCCUCGUUUUAUGUCGCUCUCGAGCAGUACAUGGCAUCUCCGCAUGCAGCCGCUGUCAGGGAAGGUGUGAGCGCUGCUGUCCAGGCGUAUGAAGAAGCCAUGACUACUGCCGCCCACGCAUAUGAAGAAGCUGUAAAAACUUUUGUCUACCCAUAUCAAGGAAACUUGCCUGCUGGACAAGCCAGCGCUGCUCUGCCUACACCUGCCAAGGUGUCCCACUACACUGCUUGGAUGGCCAAAUUACCGUUUAAGCCCUUCAAGAGGAAGGCAAAAGAAGCUAUUGAACAUUCUCAGCAAUCUAUUGAACAUUCUCGGCAAUCUUUUGAACGUUCUCAGCAAUCCUUUGCACGCUCCAAGGAGGAGGAGAAAGAAUCUUCGUGCUCUCAGGCAAAGGCGGAGUUGAUGAAGGCUGUUCUUGAAAUCACUUUAAAUCAUCGCCUGCGUAUGUCUCACCGGCCAUCAUGUUGUGGCAGCCAUCCCGCUGAUCUGCUUGUCUUCAGCGAGACCUUAAUGUCGGGCGAUGCAACACAACGUUCCAGUUCGGAGUGGAGCUGAGAUACUGUGACUGUGACUGUGGGCUUCUUGAAUGGUCUGUCGAGGUAGAUUCAGGAUGUGGGACUGUACGAAAUGGUUACAUGAUCACGCAAUAUGGCACUUUGUCUGGUAGUGUUUGGAGAAUGUCGGACACCGAGUUACUGAUCAAGCUGCACGGGUUUA